AGUGUGAACUCAUCAUGUGUUCAUGUUGAGGUCACGUGUUCGUGUGACGUCACACGUGAACACAUGAACAGUCUCUAAUCGAGCUUCUCCGUAUUUGAUCUUCUUCCUUGUUCUGGUCCGGUUCUCCUCCGGGUUCGGGUCUUCUGUUGGUUCUGGUCCCGAUCCCAGCCGGCAUUUUGGGUGAGUUCGGCUGGUUCUUGUUAGUUCUGGUUCGGGCUGGUUGUUCCAGAACUUUUAGGAGUCGGUGUUAGCUCCGUUAGCUUAGCCGUUAGCAGCCUCCCAGUUCUCAGACCCGGUUCGCGGUUGACGGGCGCGCCGAGGCUCCAAUCCCGAUGCCCGCGAUGCUGGACCGAAACCCGGAGGUCCCGGGGAAGAGGAGAGGCCGGGCCCCGGCGGGCGGGGGCGGCGGAGUCCCUGGGGCGGGCACCAACCCCGGUGCAAAGAGCCUGUCCGGUAAUGGAACCACGGCCAACAGCUGCUGGGAAGAAGGAAGUUCAGGCUCCAGCAGCGAUGAAGAGCAUGGAGGAGGCGGCAUGCGGGUCGGACCGCAGUACCAAGCCGUGGUUCCGGACUUUGACCCAGAUGUGGCCCAGGCUGCUCAGCUCCGAGAGAACCUGGGGAUGUUGGUUUGGAUACCUAGCAGCUGCUUGAACCAGACUCAGCUGGAUGAGUACGUCGCCAUCGCCAAAGACAGACAUGGAUACAACAUGGAACAGGCUCUGGGGAUGCUCUUCUGGCACAAACACAACAUUGAGAAAUCUCUGGCCGAUCUCCCGAAUUUCACUCCGUUUCCUGACGAGUGGACAGUGGAGGACCGGGUCCUGUUUGAACAGGCCUUCAGCUUCCAUGGAAAGAGCUUCCACCGCAUCCAGCAGAUGCUGCCGGAUAAGUCCAUGGCCAGUCUGGUUCGCUUUUAUUAUUCCUGGAAGAAAACUCGCAGCAAAACCAGCCUGAUGGACCGACAGACACGGAAACACAAAAGAGAACGAGACGACAGUGAUGAGGAGGGGGACGACAGUAACGGAAACCUACACAGUGACUCAGAGUUCGACCAAACCAAAGACGACAAGAAGGAGAUGAGUUCUGCAUCAGAGAAGUCAGAGGUCAAACCAUCUCCAGGGUUAGGGUUAAAGUCGUCCCACUCGUCCUCUGGAGGUAAAGCAGCUCAGCGUGUGAAGAAACGUCCUCCUAAGGGGAUGUUUCUGAAACAGGAGGACGUCCUGGCUCUGUCCAGCAGUGCCCCCUCUGCUCAGGGACUGAUACGCCAACUGGACUGUCAACUGGUGUCCAUCAAGAGACAGAUUCAGACAAUGAAACAGACGAACAGCGCUUUGAAGGAGAAGCUGACCACAGGACUGGAUGAGUUCAGGCAGCCAGAGGUGAAUCAGAAAUUUAACACUCGCUGGACCACAGAGGAGCAGCUGCUGGCUGUUCAAGCUAUCAGAAAAUAUGGGCGGGACUUCCAGGCGAUCUCUGAUGUUAUUGGUAACAAGUCGGUGGUCCAGGUGAAGAAUUUCCUGGUGAACUAUCGUCGGAGGUUCAACCUGGAUGAGGUUCUACAGGAGUGGGAGGCGGAGCAUGGGCUGGAGGGUGGAGUGGGGGGCGGAGAUGAGGACAAAAUAGACGUUUCACCCUGUGAGGAGGAGGAGCCUGUCACCAAGGAGACAAAGGAGGAACCCUCAUCUGCAGUGGAAUCCCAGAAUCCUCAGGGCUCCUGAGAAUGUCUGACCUUUGGAUUUUUAUUGGUCAGUUUUUGAUUUGUAUUAAUCGAACUCUCACCUGAUGAUGUCACUGCUUUGGACCAAUAAGGCUCCUGAGACCUGAAAGUGGGUGUGGUCUCUUUAAACCUAUAUGUUUUUUGUUUUUCAUAAUCUCUGGUUUUAUUUGGCUUACGUCAGUUUGCUUUGUUUGUUUGUUUGUUUGUUUUGUGUAUGGGUGGGGCUUAUGGGCAGUGGGAGGGGCCUGUGCUGCCGAUGUCAUUUGAGUGAAAAUAAAACCAAAGUUACCAAAUAAACACGUUUGUUUACUUUAAAACCUGGAAUGUUUGAUAGUGUUAAAUGUGACACACACGUCACAACUGAC